AUGUCAGACGAAGAAGAGGAUAUGAUCUGUGACUUGCCAUCUGAUGCACCAACAAAAACGAGUAACGCUGGAGAUCUCCGAAAGCAAUUAUUAUCGAAGAAAGGUCUCCCACCUGCUCCAAGACCACCAAGAGGAGCGAUUCAUGAUAAUUCGAUUUUAUUAUGGGAUAAAUUUUUUGAUGAGAAGCGGGAGAUUGCUGUAAAUGAAGAUACUUUCAAUGUAUAUUUGAAGGGAAAGUCUGGACCGAUUUUUUACCUGCUUCACGGAGGAGGAUAUUCUGGAUUGACUUGGGCAUGUUUCACCGAACAAUUGACGAGUUCAAUCGAUUGUAGAAUUCUAGCUCCCGAUUUACGAGGACAUGGUGAUACAAAAUGUGAAGAUGAGGCAGAUUUAUCAACAGAACGACAAGUUGCUGAUAUUAUUUCGAUUUUUGAAAAGAUAUAUGAUUAUGCUGAUGAUAUUGAUGUUUGUAUAAUUGGACAUAGUAUGGGUGGAGCGUUGGCGAUUCAUACUGCUGCGAGUCACAAAUUGCGAGCAAAAAUUAGUGGACUUGUUGUGAUUGAUGUUGUUGAAGGUUCAGCGAUGGAAGCAUUGGGAGGAAUGGUUCAUUUUCUUCACUCAAGACCAUCGAUUUUUGAAUCUCCGGAAAGUGCGAUUGAUUGGUGUAUUAGAAGUGGAACUGUUAGAAAUCGAAUUGCUGCGAGAAUUUCAAUGCCUUCACAGGUUAGUAGAAUACGUUGAUUAUACAAAUGAUUGAUUUUUCUUUUUUCUGUCAUUCCUUCCAGUUCAGGUGAUUAAAUUUCCGAAAAAAAAACAUUUUUUCCGAAAAAAAAAUUUUAAUUCAGAUUCGUCAAAUUUCUGAAAACGAAUACGGCUGGCGAAUUGAUUUGACAAAAACUGAACAAUAUUGGAAAGGAUGGUUUCAGGGAUUAUCGGCAAAGUUUUUAGCGUGUCCAGUUCCAAAAUUACUGGUUUUAGCUGGAGUUGAUAGAUUGGAUAGGGAUUUGACGGUGAGUUUUUGUUCUAUUUUUUUUCUAUUUUAAAAAUAAAUUCCUUCAGAUUGGUCAAAUGCAAGGCAAAUUCCAAACGUGUGUUCUUCCUCGAGUUGGUCAUUGUGUGCAAGAAGACAGUCCUGAUCAUUUAGCUGAAGAGCUCACUCGUUUUGCUCUUCGUUAUCAAUUUGCUCAAAAACAGGAAUUUCACCAUUUUUCCAGCCCAGCGGACCUAUAA